ACCCAAGUGGCAGAGACACCGGCUUUCUCUGAAUCCUUAUUACUCUUCAAAGAGCAAUUUGGGUGGUUGCACGGCUAUUAGGAUCACACGGCAGCCUGAAAGCUGUCAGCACAACUGCUCUUCAUCUUUUUCACACAAUCCUGACAUCUUUUCUCUUUUCUGCUGGACACAGACAUCACUGUUUUUAUCAUUUUCAAUCAAGCUCACCCAGAACGCUGAGGAAUAUAUUCCCACUGAAAGCGAAGUGGAGAUCGGAAAUUAUUUUACAGCUCCUGGAGCAGGAGCUGUGCUGGCUGCAUGCUGAAGAGGGCUGGAUCCGUGAGAAAUGUAGCCUGGCUCAGGGCUGCGUCAGGGAGCUGCUGCUUCAGCUGCUAAAGAUGGCAAAACAACACCUACCUCAGGUUUUUCAAUGAUUAAUGCUACUUUAAUAACCAGGAGGGAAGAGGAUGUGAGAAAUUUUGUGAAAUUAACUUGUGGAAAUGUUAUCAUCAGAGAAAGUGGGGAAAAUCACGAGACUUGAACUUCUCUUCGUUUUGAUGCUCUUUUUCUCUGGACCAACUCUGAGCAAGCUGACUCGGACCCCCUGGAAAGGAAAACCUUGGAAAGGGGGGUCUCGUCUCCGGCAGGAAGAUUUUCCCCCACGGAUUGUGGAGCACCCUUCAGAUGUCAUUGUCUCUAAGGGAGAGCCCACCACUUUGAACUGUAAGGCAGAGGGCCGGCCAACAGCCACCAUUGAGUGGUACAAGGAUGGUGAGCGGGUGGAGACUGACAAAGAUGAUCCCCGGUCCCACAGGAUGCUACUGCCUAGUGGAUCCUUAUUCUUCUUGCGCAUCGUGCAUGGGCGCAGAAGUAAACCCGAUGAAGGAAGCUACGUUUGUGUUGCAAGGAACUAUCUUGGUGAAGCAGUGAGUCGAAAUGCAUCUCUGGAAGUGGCAUUGUUACGCGAUGACUUCCGGCAAAAUCCCACUGAUGUUGUAGUGGCAGCUGGAGAACCUGCAAUCCUGGAGUGCCAACCUCCCCGGGGACACCCAGAACCCACUAUCUACUGGAAAAAAGACAAAGUUCGAAUUGAUGACAAAGAAGAAAGAAUAAGUAUCCGUGGUGGAAAACUGAUGAUCUCCAAUACCAGGAAAAGUGACGCAGGGAUGUACACCUGUGUUGGCACCAAUAUGGUGGGAGAAAGAGACAGUGACCCGGCAGAGCUGACAGUCUUUGAACGACCUACAUUUCUCAGGAGACCAAUCAACCAGGUGGUGCUGGAGGAGGAAGCUGUAGAAUUUCGUUGUCAGGUCCAGGGAGAUCCUCAACCAACUGUACGGUGGAAAAAGGAUGAUUCAGACUUGCCAAGAGGAAGGUAUGACAUCAAAGACGAUUAUACACUGAGAAUUAAAAAAGCAAUGAGUACAGAUGAAGGCACUUUUAUGUGUAUUGCUGAGAAUCGGGUCGGAAAAGUGGAAGCCUCUGCUACUCUCACAGUCCGAGCUCGCCCUGUUGCUCCUCCACAGUUUGUGGUUAGGCCAAGAGAUCAGAUUGUUGCUCAAGGUCGUACAGUGACAUUUCCCUGUGAAACUAAAGGAAACCCGCAGCCAGCUGUAUUUUGGCAAAAAGAAGGCAGCCAAAACUUGCUUUUUCCAAACCAACCUCAGCAGCCGAAUAGUAGAUGCUCUGUGUCACCAACUGGAGACCUCACGAUUACCAACAUUCAGCGCUCGGAUGCGGGUUACUAUAUCUGCCAGGCCCUAACUGUGGCAGGAAGCAUUUUGGCAAAGGCUCAGCUGGAAGUUACUGAUGUUUUGACAGAUAGACCUCCACCCAUAAUCCUACAAGGCCCAGCCAACCAAACACUAGCAGUAGAUGGCACAGUUUUACUGAAAUGUAAAGCUACUGGUGAUCCUCUUCCUGUAAUUAGCUGGCUAAAGGAGGGAUUUACUUUUCUGGGAAGAGAUCCAAGAGCAAGUAUACAAGAACAAGGGACACUGCAGAUUAAAAAUUUACGGAUUUCUGAUACUGGCACUUACACCUGUGUGGCUACAAGUUCAAGUGGGGAAACAUCCUGGAGUGCUGUACUGGAGGUGACAGAAUCUGGAGCAACAAUCAGUAAAAAUUAUGAUUUAAAUGAUCUGCCAGGGCCACCAUCCAAACCUCAGGUCACUGAUGUGACUAAGAACAGUGUUACCUUGUCCUGGCAACCAGGUACCCCUGGAACCCUUCCAACAAGUGCAUAUAUCAUUGAGGCUUUCAGCCAAUCGGUGAGCAAUAGCUGGCAGACAGUGGCAAACCACGUAAAGACCACCCUCUAUACAGUGAGAGGACUGCGGCCCAAUACAAUCUAUUUAUUCACUGUCAGAGCUAUCAACCCCCAAGGUCUCAGUGACCCAAGCCCUGUGUCAGAUCCUGUGCGCACACAAGAUAUCAGCCCACCAGCCCAAGGAGUGGACCACAGACAAGUACAGAAAGAACUAGGAGAUGUCAUUGUUCGUCUUCAUAUUCCAGUUGUUCUGACUCCCACCACUGUUCAAGUCACAUGGACGGUUGAUCGCCAGCCCCAAUUUAUUCAAGGCUACCGAGUGAUGUAUCGUCAGACUUCAGGACUGCAGGUUGCCUCAACAUGGCAGAAUUUAGAUGCCAAAGUCCCAACUGAGCGAAGUGCUGUUUUAGUCAAUCUGAAAAAGGGGGUGACUUACGAAAUUAAAGUCCGACCUUAUUUUAAUGAGUUCCAGGGAAUGGAUAGUGAAUCUAGAACAGUUCGUACUACUGAAGAAGCCCCAAGUGCUCCACCACAGUCUGUCACUGUGCUGACAGUUGGAAGCCACAACAGCACCAGCAUAAGUGUCUCCUGGGAUCCUCCUCCUCUGGAUCAUCAGAAUGGAGUUAUCCAAGAAUACAAGAUUUGGUGUCUUGGGAAUGAAACACGAUUCCAUAUCAACAAAACUGUGGAUGCAGCCAUUAGAUCUGUUAUCAUUGGUGGAUUGUUCCCAGGUGUUCAAUACCGGGUAGAGGUUGCUGCUAGUACCAGUGCGGGGGUUGGAGUCAAAAGUGAGCCACAGCCCAUAAUAAUUGGGGGACGUAAUGAAGUUGUCAUUACUGAAAACAAUAACAGCAUAACUGAGCAAAUCACUGAUGUUGUGAAGCAACCAGCCUUUAUAGCUGGUAUUGGUGGUGCCUGCUGGGUAAUUUUGAUGGGUUUUAGCAUCUGGUUGUAUUGGCGAAGAAAGAAGAGAAAGGGACUCAGUAAUUAUGCUGUUACAUUUCAAAGAGGAGAUGGAGGACUAAUGAGCAAUGGGAGUCGUCCAGGUCUUCUAAAUGCUGGUGAUCCCAGUUAUCCAUGGCUCGCUGAUUCAUGGCCAGCCACAAGCUUGCCAGUAAACAAUAGCAAUAGUGGCCCAAGUGAGAUUGGGAAUUUUGGGCGUGGAGAUGUGCUGCCUCCAGUUCCAGGCCAAGGGGAUAAAACAGCAACGAUGCUCUCAGAUGGAGCCAUUUACAGCAGCAUUGACUUCACGACCAAAACCACUUACAACAGUUCCAGCCAAAUAACACAGGCUACCCCAUAUGCCACGACACAGAUCUUGCAUUCCAAUAGCAUACAUGAAUUGGCUGUCGAUCUGCCUGAUCCCCAGUGGAAAAGCUCAAUUCAGCAAAAAACAGAUCUGAUGGGAUUUGGUUAUUCUCUCCCUGAUCAGAACAAAGGUAACAAUGCCUUACUUUACAUCCCUGACUACCGAUUGGCUGAGGGAUUGUCUAAUAGAAUGCCACACAACCAGUCACAGGAUUUCAGCACCACCAGCUCUCACAACAGCUCAGAGAGGAGUGGCAGUCUUUCAGGUGGGAAAGGUGGAAAAAAGAAGAAAAAUAAAAACUCUUCUAAACCCCAGAAAAACAAUGGAUCGACCUGGGCCAAUGUUCCUCUACCUCCUCCCCCAGUCCAGCCCCUUCCUGGCACAGAGAUGGAACACUAUGCAGUGGAACAGCAAGAGAAUGGCUAUGAUAGUGAUAGCUGGUGCCCGCCGUUACCAAUGCAAACAUACUUACACCAGGGCAUGGAAGAUGAGCUGGAAGAAGACGAUGAUCGUGUCCCCACACCUCCUGUCCGAGGCGUGGCUUCUUCUCCUGCCGUUUCCUUUGGACAGCAGUCCACCGCAACGCUCACUCCAUCCCCACGGGAGGAGAUGCAGCCCAUGCUGCAGGCUCACCUGGACGAGCUGACGAGAGCCUAUCAGUUUGAUAUAGCAAAGCAAACAUGGCACAUUCAAAGCAAUAAUCAACCUCCACAGCCCCCAGUUCCACCAUUAGGUUACAUGUCCGGAGCCUUGAUUUCCGAUUUGGAGACCGAUGUUCCAGAUGAUGAUGCUGACGAUGAGGAAGAAGUUUUAGAAAUUCCCAGGCCCCUGAGAGCAGUAGAGCAGACACCAGGAUGCAGCAUGGACAAUCUAGACAGCUCUGUGACAGGCAAAGGCUUUACUUCCUCCCAGAGACCUCGGCCAACCAGCCCAUUUUCUCCUGACAGUAGCAGUGCUGCCCUGAGUCAAAGUCAGAGGCCUCGGCCCACUAAGAAACACAAGGGAGGGCGAAUGGACCCACAGCCAGCGUUGCCUCAUCGCAGGGAAGGCGUGACAGAUGAUCUUCCACCACCACCAGACCCCCCUCCAGGUCAGGGUUUAAGGCAGCAAAUAGGCCCGAGUCAGCAUGCUGGUAACAUGGAAAACUCAACAGAGAGAAAAGGAAGCUCUCUGGAGAGACAACAAGCUUCCAACUUAGAAGACACAAAGAGCUCAUUGGAUUGUCCAGCUAGAACGUGCCUAGAGUGGCAGCGACAAACUCAGGAAUGGAUAAACUCCACAGAACACCAAGAAGAUAUAUGGAAAGCCCUACACAAACAAGGUGUUGGACCAGAAGAGACAUUGGUCCCUUACAGCAAGCCCAGUUUCCCAUCUCCAGGAGGUCACAGCUCAUCAGGAACAGCUUCUUCUAAAGGAUCCACUGGUCCAAGGAAAGCUGAGGCCUUGAGGGGAAGCCACCAGCGCAAUGCCAGCGACCUUCUUGAUAUAGGCUAUAUGGGCUCAAACAGUCAAGGACAGUUUACAGGUGAAUUAUAGUAACUGAGAGGAGUCAUGCAAAGCUGCUCUGAAGGACCAUCAGGUCUGAACUCAUGGAAGUGAUGACACUAAACAGUGCAAUGAACAAUUUCUUUAUUUAUGUACUAAUAAAAGAACUGUAAAUGCAAUGUAAAGACACACAGCCACACAUAUCCCACAGAUAUUUUACUUGUGUUCUUCUCUUAAGUACACCACCCACCUUAACUCUUUCUUGUCAGGAGUAUAUAAAAAAGAAAGAAAACAAAACUCUCCCUCCAGGAAGAAAAGGAUUUUCCUCUGUAUAUAAUUUCUUUUGUGCAUUGCUAUGCAAGCUCACUCUUUUUAGCUCUGUUUAUAUUAUUGUCUGUUUUUAUUGGUCUGUUGUACUAUAUGUGAAUUAAUAGGCUGUGGUGCCAUAUAUUAACUUUUAAUUGUGUAACUUUUAUGUUUAAAUUUUGCACUGCAAUUUUAUUUGGUGAUAAGCACAAAUCUCUACUCCUCGUGACAUGAAGAAUAAGACUGAAUGUGAAGGGAGUUUCUGUACUGUAAGCUAGGUUGGAUAAUGCUGGUUGUAACUAAUCACAUUAGUUGGUUUUCUGUUGGGGUGUAGAAAUAGGAAGAUGCAAAGAAACAGUGGUGUUGGCAAAGUCUUCUUUGAACAUCAGGGACUGAGUCAAUAAAAAAAAGCAGAAAGGUGGCUUUUUCUGUUGACAGAGGCAAGGGUCAAAAGAAGGAAGUUUAAGUCUUAAGAUUGAACAGGCAUUCAAAUAUACAGGUAGCAAAGAUGUAUUAAACUUGCUAAAAAAAAAAAGAAAGUUAUAUUUAGAUUCAACUCUACUUGUAAUUGACCCAUUUGAGAAUUACAACAAGCAAAAGCAAAUUAAGGUGUUCCACAAGAGCUGUAUUUAUAUUACAGUUUUUUAAGAAAGCAUUUUCUGAAUUACCAUAAUUAAUUUCUCUAACUCAUUAAGUCAGAAUAUAAUAUGAAGUUCCCCAAGGAAACAAACAAAAUGAAGUCUAGAAUCUCUAGCAAAUAGUUAAAGAAGCAAUUUAUUAUUAGGACAUACUCAGGCUGCUUCCAAACACAAAAACCCUAUUGCAAUAUCUUGUUUCAUCUUUCUAAUACAUGUACAGUACACACUAGAGGAUAGAGCUGCAUCAUUUAAAUUCAUGACUUUUUAAAAAUAACGCAGUCAAUAUACAAUUUUUUGUUUUAUUUGAUUAAGAAGUGAAGUUUAUGCCACCAAAUGCAUAGCCAAAUUGUAAGUGCUUAACAAGCAGUGCUCAGAGUAUGUUCAGUUCACAGUAAGUAGAUUUAUUGGAAUAAAUAAUUUAUGGUACAUUCUCAGAAAUUGGCAACCAACUAAAAUAUGUUUGACCCAUUUUGAAUGAGUAAAUUGCAAAGAAAAAGUUUUAAAGGAGAAAAAUGCAUGUUUAUACACUUUUUAAAUAAAGCCAAACCUCGUAAGUGGACAUUAAUAACAGUGUCCUGCCUCAUUUGUUUUUAUGACUUUGAGAACAAGAAAUUCUUGAAUAUCAGUUAUGUAUGGUCAAAAUGAAAAUGACUUUGAAAUACAUGUUAGCUACUGUACAUGUAUAGUCAAUCAGUCAAGUAGAAGAGAGCUUUCCCAAAAUUUCCAUGUGUGAUAUUUUUUCAUGUGCUGCCUAAGCAAUUUUGUAAAUUCUAUUUCUAGUUAUACUUUCUCAUGAUUUUCCUAUAAUGUGUUCGGUAGUUGACACUUUGAAAAAUAUUCACUGUAAUGAUUAGGAUCAGUUCUAAAAUAUGGGAGCCAUUUGAAUGAUAAUUCUUACUCUGUGCGAUUGGCUCAGUCACCAAUUCUGUGUCAUAUUGUUUAUAGAAAAGUGUUGACAUAAUUUAAUGUUUCCAUCGUUUUUAUUCCCUGAGACUGCAUCAACACAGGCAAGUAUAAUGUUUAUGGGCCCCAACAGCAAGAUCUUUUUGGUGCCAUGUAGUUGAUUUUUUCACUGAAGAGAAAAAGAAUUCUGAGACACACUUAUGAAACCCUUUUUCAACUUUCUACCAUCACUGCCUGAAUUUCAAUGCAGUUUGAUUUCUCUGGGACAGAGACUGGAAAGAUGAAGUGUUUCUGUGAAGAAUGAAUACAUAUGCUUAUUCACAACUCUAGGAGGAAUUUAAAUUUUUAUUUAUGUAAUUCCCUACUUCACUUUUCCUGAUUUAAAGACAAAGUUUUGAUUGUUGUGUUUCUUCUUGUGGUCCUCUCUAACUCAAGUUAGUCUAAAACUUUAACUCAUUACACGUAUUACACAUAGCCUUUGGCCCAUGGCAACUGGCAAGUGUAUGUGACUAAUAAGCCAAGACUUCAGAAAUGAGUGUGUGUCUGCAGGUGAUUUUUGGAACAAUGCAGGGCAUAGCAUAAUACUUUCCUUAUUGUCUUCAGUGUAUAAAAAUGAACUCCUUUGGUUAGAAUAUAUCAGUACAAACCUUCUGGUUACUUGGAGCAUCCUUUUAGAAUAGUCCACAGCCCCUGAUAAAUCUAAUUUUAAAUAAAUUGGUCAGUCAAAUCUUGUACCCCAAAUAUCAUCAUCACAUCGACACAGAGCUAGAUAAAAUGCUAUAGUAUCCAAAUUAUUUCAAGAAAACUAUAAAAAAAAACUGUCAUCAACUUGCAUAUGCAUAAAGAGCUUCUAAUCCAUGUGUCAGAAUGUCAUUAGUAUACAAACACAUAUGAGAGCUACCAUGAUGUUUUUCAUUUUGUAGCCAAUCCAAUGGAUAUGAUUAGACAUGCACUGAGCUCACUCUUCUGCAGGUCUAAAGAAAGGCUGGCUUAGCUGUCAGAAGGAAAUAUAGGCGGGGGAGGUUAACUUAUCUUGCAUUCACAGGAGAUCCUGCUGUGCAGUCAUUCCCCAUAGAAGCACAGCUUAUCCUUAACAUGCAGUCUCCACUGGGACAUAGCUGAUCAGAGACCCAACUCAGGUAUGCCUCAGUGUAUGCACGCACCCACCCUGCCCCUUCUCCAAAUCCUUGCCAUGGCGUAUUUAAAGUAACAUGGAAUAGUACAGGGGCAUACAAGCAAUUGAUUCUUUCACAAGAUUUGAAUCCAGUUCAAGGGAGGAUAUAGGAAAAUGAAGACCCUUCGGUUAUAUGAUAUUGUUAUCACAUAACCAAAGGGAAGUAAAAUCUUUGCAAGUUUACUUGCUCUGGUAAUAAAACAGAGUAAAUGGUGUUCUGUGUCAUAGUUUAAUGCUCUGGGUAUUUAAAUAUAUCUUCAAUGGAAUUUGAGUUGAAAGUUUAUAUGAGCUUUGGUAGAAAACCUCUAAAUUUCUCUUCAACAAAUUUAUGUCAGUGUCCAUUAACAACAUAAUUAUAACAAUACCAACGAGCUCUGAACUGUGAUUUAUCUUCUCCACUGAAAAGUGAUUGUGUAUCAGUAUUAAAAAUAUGCAGAACUACAACAUUCACUAAUUUGUUCAUCUGCUACUGUAUAUUGUAUUUGUAGAAUUACAUGACAAGAAUUGGUGUAAAGCAACAUGUCUUUCCACAUUAUCUUAGAAGUGAAAUUACUUUUAUUUUGCUUCUCUAUAAUUUGUACUUCAAAUGAAACACCACACUUGUUUAUAAAUGAAGUUCAACUUACUAAUUUUUCUUAUCAUAAUUUUUCAAAAGCAUUUAUUGUGACUUUGAAGUGUUGCAAGAUAUGGGAUUUUGUGGCCGUGGGUAGACUUUUAAUACUUUGUUUUAUAGACAGAUUUUUUUUAAACUGUAGUUUGUUUAAGUCACCAAAUAGUGUCCAAAAUCUUAAUGUGUUUCAUUUGAUGUUCUUAGAUCAUAAAAAAAAUUGGCAUAAAAUUGGUUAAAUAGUAUUGUCAAACAAUUGUGUAUUGUGUACUCACUGGGAAAAAAAAAUAAAAUAU